UGAGGGUCUCCGUCCACAGCUCCAGCCCCGUGAGGGGCUCCUCCCGUCCGCGGCACUUUCCGGUCGUACCACCCCCCCCGCCACUACCACAUCCUCCAGUGACAUCAGCCUGCGCCGCCAUAUUGGAGGAGAAAUCACCUCCGCCAGCUCGGCCGCAGCAGGCGGGGAACGCCGGCUCCUACCGCCACUGCCUCCGCCUCUCCUGCCUCAGCCGAAUCCUGCUCCCCAUGAUUCCCCCCGGCCGGCCUCUGCCCCGGUGUGGAUAAGGGCGGAGGCAGGAACGGCUGCCGCCUCUUCUUUUCCCCUCUCGAUCUGUGGCCAAGUUCCUUUCCCCGUGGCGGGCCUUUGACCGUCCACCGCCUCCAGCCAUGACUUCCUUGACCCAGCGUAGCUCUGGGCUGGUGCAGCGUCGGACAGAGGCCUCCCGCAAUGCUGCCGCCGCCAAGGAGCGGGAGGUGGGAGGCGGCCCUGAGGAUGAAGGCCACCGGGACGAACCCGGCGACGAUGAGAAGGGCGACUCCAAGGAAACACGCCUCACCCUCAUGGAAGAGGUGCUGCUCCUGGGCCUCAAGGACCGUGAGGGUUACACAUCGUUUUGGAAUGAUUGCAUCUCUUCUGGAUUGCGUGGCUGUAUGUUAAUUGAAUUGGCAUUGCGAGGGCGUCUUCAGUUAGAGGCUUGUGGAAUGAGACGUAAAAGUCUAUUGACAAGAAAGGUAAUUUGCAAGUCAGAUGCUCCUACAGGGGAUGUUCUGCUUGAUGAAGCUCUGAAACACAUAAAAGAGACCCAACCUCCUGAAACAGUACAAAAUUGGAUUGAACUGCUUAGUGGUGAAACAUGGAAUCCAUUGAAGUUGCAUUACCAAUUGCGAAAUGUCCGUGAACGGUUAGCAAAAAAUCUAGUGGAAAAAGGUGUACUGACUACAGAAAAACAAAACUUCCUUCUUUUUGACAUGACUACACACCCUCUCACCAACAACAACAUCAAACAGCGCCUCAUUAAGAAGGUUCAAGAAGCAGUUCUUGACAAAUGGGUGAACAACCCUCACCGCAUGGAGAAGCGCUUGCUGGCACUUGUUUAUUUAGCCCAUGCCUCAGAUGUUUUGGAGAACGCUUUUGCCCCCCUUCUGGAUGAGCAGUAUGAUUUAGCCACGAAGAGAGUGCGGCAGCUUCUGGAUUUAGACCCUGAGGUUGAAUGUAUGAAAGCCAACAUGAAUGAGGUUCUAUGGGCUGUUGUAGCAGCUUUCACAAAAUAACUGCAUUCAGACCAAAGUGUUCUCUCUUCCUUCAUGUAAACUAGUUGUUUCUCUUUUAUUGACUAUUCAUGUUUUCUGUAAUUUGUACCUUUUCACAUGAUAAAUCAAUUCUUGUUUAAUAGAAAUUAUGUGGUGAAUUCCCUCCUUCUCUAUCUGUAUACAGGAUUCUUCUGGUACAAAACACCUUCCCAUUUAAAAACAACAGAAAAAGUUUUUACUGCCAUAUUGGCAUUCUAAUUCCUAUUCAGUUUUGAGUUAUCUGAAAUACUUUGUUUAGUCUAUUUUUCAUCUUACUGUUAUUGAAGUGGUUUAACAUGGAAAAUACCUCAAGAAGGAAACGUGCAUGCAGCUGGAUCACUAGUCUCAGCUGACACAGAUGUGUGCAUGUAUCAAUGCUUCUGCAGUACAACUCCUAACAGAUUGAAAAAGGGCCUUUUAAAAUCACCAAAGCUUCAUGUUGAAGUAUCUUUCAAGACAUUUUAUAGACAGAUGUUGUUUCAAUUAUAUCUAACAAAAUUAACAGCAAAAAUGCCAUUAAGCAGCUUUUUCAAUAGUUUCUGUAAAAUACCCCAUAAAUUUUACUUUUCAUGAAAGUCUCUUGCAUACUUAUGUUUACAUUAAAAUGAUAUGAGUCAUAAGGCUAGAGUUGAAAGGUCCAGUUUUUUCAUAAACCCAUUUUGGGAUGAGAUGCAUUCCAUUAUAUUGUAUAUAUAGUUCAAAUUGUAAAUUAACAACUGCCCCAUCUUAGUAUUCUGCAAGUUUUACACCUGGUGUCCCGAAUUUGCCAUUAGCCAUUUCAUGGAAAAAAAAAAGCCUCCUAUAAAGAGCAUGUAUAUGAAAGCUGUUUGUUUCCAGUGUCUACAGAGUUUGCCAUCCAGGUAUUCUAAGUCUAUGCAUUGUCUUUGAGAAUUACUGUAUAGAAAGUGACCGCUUUCUAUCAUCAUAUCAUCAUUUGUACAUUUUUUUUCUUCUCUUCUUUUCCCCUAUUGUAUGGAAGAGGCUUGUGGCUAGUACAAUUCUUGACUGCAAUUUUUAUGUUUGUACACAAAUUAAUAUUUGUCUCAAACUUCUCAAUCUAUUUUACACUUCAAAAACAAAAAGUUCUAGUAGGUGUUGCAUUUAAAUGGUUAGCAAGUAAUGACUGCAGUUCAGAUUAUUAAAAUUUCUGUAAUGGGAUGCUGUGCUAUAUUUAAAUUUUUUAUAUAAAAUUAUGCUGAUUCACACACUAUUGUAAAAAAUAUAUAUAUAAGACUUUGUCUUUUAAAAAAUGUGUUGCCUUUUUGCCACUGCUUGUUAUCUCCCAUUUGUUUCACAGUGCAAAUAUUCAUUGAACAAAUUAAGCAUCAAUCUAUGUAUUUCUUUUUCUCAUAACAAUGAAGAUUUAUGGUGGGGCUUACAGGUGUCUAGAAACUUUUUUUGGUUAAUAUUCAGAGUAAGAAUACUAGAUAGUAUAUAACUUUAGAGUAGAAAUUUAAGAGAUCCCUUAGUCUGUAUACUAGCUUUUUACUUACAGCAAAUAAACUAUGAUCGUAAAAGUGCCUGAAACAGAGCAAGCAUGUCAUUUUUUUGCUGUUGUUGCUAAUUAGAAAGGUUUUAUUGCUUAACUGAAAGCUUUAGUUAAUACUCUUCUUAGAAAGAAAGAGUUUAUAUUAAGUAGAUCAAACUGACCUAAUCAGCAGUGUCAUUCAGAUCUGCAGGAUUCAUGGCUGGGUCAGACUCAGUUAACUUGUGAGUGUUCAGUUAUGUCUGCCAUAGGUAGGCCUCUUUUAUCUUGAGCAGAACUCUACAGCCUCAUCUGUGACUGGACUUCAAAUUUUGCACCUAAUUUUAAAUAAUUUAAAUGGUCAAGUAGUUGACUUAAAAAUGUAACUUAAAUUCAUCAUACCUAUAGAACCUUUUUUAAAAUAAAGAUUUAAAAAAUAUAGUCCUUAAGAUUUAGUGGCACACUGUUCUUUCAUUUCUUGAAUUAUGUUUCUUUAUAAAAAUUAAAGUAUAAUGUAAGGCAUUUCAAACUUUGGUUUAUAAAUAAAAAGAUAAAGAGUGUUCUCCUAGGUGUAAGAUGCUGUGUUUAAAACUUUGAUGAGUUUGGGCAUGAUCUUUGGACAUUUUAUUUCAAAUAUUUUCAAAAUGUGAUUGUUUUAAGUGGAGGAAAAAGAAUGUUGCUUUGUUACUCAUAUAUGUGAAAACUUACAGAAUACUUUCUGUACUUGAUAGUAUAUGUUAACUCUUUGCUUUCAUUGUCUCUCUCUCCUGUGAUCUGUUUUCUCAUUUUCUGAUGCUGUUUAAGAGGAGAGAAAAUUAAUUAGGCAGAAAAAUCAGAAAAAAAAAAUAGUGGAGUAUUUCGGAGCAAGUUGAAUGCACAAAACUUUUAAAACGGCUUUGAAAAUCUAAGCUGCUUGAAACAUUGUGAAAAACGAUGUUCACUGUUUUGGUAAAUUUUAAAAGGUUUAAUAAAAAAAAAAGACAAUAGGAGACAAAGACAAUAAAGCAAAGGGUUAAAACGGCAGGGUGCUUGGCACUCUGCCAAGAGCACACCUGGUGUUUUGAAAACACCCUUUAUAUACCAUUUUGAUUGCAUCAACUUGAUGCAUAUUCAUAGACUUUAUGCAUAUCCAAACUUUUCCAUUAACUAGUUUACAUCUUCCAGGAACUAUUUUGCAUGGCCACUCCUUGGAUCUGCCUUUUUAGAGCAUGCGCAUUUCUUGGCUUGCGGUUUUAAUUCCCUUCUUAUCAUCUUUUAAUUUGGGCUUUGGCUCCUUCUUUCCAUAGGCAGUGAGUGUUGAUAGCAGCCAGGUCCCCAUCAUCUGUUCACUGGAGGUUACCCUAACCGGCAGGCAGUUCAAGCAUACUGUAUCGACUAUUACCACUUAUGCCUAAAUUUUUGCUAAUAGCAGGAGAGAAAAAACUACAUUCACACAGCAAAGCCAUUCUAACAUUAUACAUAUAACAUUCAUCUUAAUACUUGUGAAAAGCCAAUAUUAUAAUAUGUAUUUAUAACAAUUAUUCAAACUAAAAGUAUCUUUCAUAGUCCCUUUUCUGUCCUCUCAUCUUCAUUCUGUCAUGUUCCUGCUGGGUUCAUGUUGCAUUAACACCCUACCUCACUGGAAAGGACUCUCACCAUUUACUUGUGUGCCUCAGGAGAAAGCCUGGGACCUCAAGCAUUCCCCCUCUGAGGGGGUCUCUCCUGCUUCAGGAACCAAGUUGCCCCUGCCCAGCCCCACCGCUUCAUUGCCCCCACUCUGGGGUUUUCACUACACUGUAACCCCACACUCCCUGCCUGCCAGGACACACUGCAACAUACUAGUAAAGAACUGUUAUUCCUUUUCCCAAAUGUUUGCCUGAAAGCCCUUAAUUUUAACAUUAUAAUAGUUUGGAGGAAAGGGGGUCAUAUUCUCCCUUCCAAGGAAAGUUCUCACCUUCCAUAGCAGACACCGGUCUUUCGAACCAAGACACCCAGUAACAGCCUUUUCUUGGCUGUCAAGCACCUUCCCCUUUGGUGUAGUUAUGGUCACAGCUGGCAGGGGCACUGAUUGCUCCCGGCUGGGCAGGGCAGGUGCGAUGAUUCCCCACGGCUGCAGAGGGCACUGUGGCACGAGCUCAGAUGCCUCUUCGUGUGGGUAAUGGUAGGCACACCGCUGGGAGGGAUAAAAAGGGCUUCCUUUACAAUCUCACAAGGGUAGCCAAUCCCAGUGCCUCUCCAGAUGGCGAAACGGGCUGUAGUGGGAACCUCAGAGCAGCGGCUGGAAUGGCAGAGGCAGGCAAACCCAGGGUAGCAAACGAAAUGUAGCAGAAACUCUGCAUCUAUAGCAGGAGCCACAGGGUGACCCACUAGGCAGGAGGUGCUGGGUUACAGUGUAGUAAAAAAACCACAGUGGGACUGGGCAGCAGCAGUAGCCAGACUCCUGAACACUGCCGGGGGAGGCUCGCUUGGAGGGGGGAGGGGGCUCAGGGUGCUGGGAUUUUCCCUGAGGCACCCGAGUAGAUGGAGAGGGUCCUUUCCAGUGAGGUAUGGUGUUAAUAAGGUCCCACUGUAAUGGGCGCUCGUACGAGCAGAGCCUCACUCACGCUAGAAGACAGUAGCUGAUGAGGCUCCACAGUGGUGGUGAAUUAUUCCCACAGCAACCACAGCCUGUCUCCCCUUCAAUCCUGAGAGCGACAGAGAGAGAGAGAGAGAGAGAGGGAGAAAGAGAGAGAGAGAGAGGGAGAAAGAGAGAGAGAAGCUGAGCCCAGCCCCUCAGCCCCCAGCCAAAGUCUCCUGGUAUGUCUGCCCUUCCCAAGAGAAACCUCUCAGAGAAUGCAGCCAGCUCCACCCCUUCCUCCUCCCCUCAGCCAUGUCUUUUGGUCUUUUAAGUAUUGGUCGUUUUCGUCUCUUAGCUACAAAUGGGACAAAAUUCCCUGAGAGAAUGAAAAAAAGAAAGACAGAAGCCAAGUCCAGCCCCUCACUCCCCAGCCAAAAUCUCCCGGUAUCUCUGCCCUUCCCAAGACAAAGCCCCCCAGCUAAGAUAGUGCCUCCAGCUGCACUCCUACCCCUCCCCUUUGGCUGCAUCUUUUGUCUCUCUUAAGUACCAGUCAUUAUUGUCUCUUAGCAACAAAUGGGACAAAAUUCCCAGAAAGAAAGAAAGGAAAAAAAAUUUAAAAAGGGAAAAAUCCUAACCUCAAAC